GUUGUUUGAGAUUACGCGACCUAAAAGGAAGCAUUUGUAGCGUUAAUUGUAAGAGAUUUGGAAGUUGAGUAACGAAAGAAGUUGACACGUGAAGUCUCAGGUUGUCUAAGCAGAAUUAAUCGGAAAUUCUCGUUAAGCGAAUGUUUAAUUAAAUUAUUUGUGUCGUAUCAAAUAGCAAAAAAGAACUCAUUAUCCCUUGAAACCGCAACAGGUUGAGUACAAAGCUGCACAUGAGAUAUUCGAUAGUCAUUAACGUUGGCGCUUUGUUAGUAUCGACACAUUUGUGCACUACUAACAAAUAGGCAUCGAUUUUCUUACUCAUUUUAAUUCCUUUUCCGAUAUAUCAACAAUUUAUUUGUCUCAUUGUCGCUGUUAACUUAAAAGAGGCUAGUUCGAGUAGAUUUUUGUUUAUUUUGAUAUUCGCGGAUAAAUAUUAAGCAAUGGAGAAUGAAAAUAAACGACGAUCUGGUUCUUACGAACCAAACAAAGGCACUCAAGGUUCAAGUGAUGAAGCAACAAAAAAGCUUUCUUUGUCUGAAGGGUCGAUUGUUGAUAAAGACUCAACUUCCGAAACUGGAACGUUAAAGAAACCCAGAAAGUUCAAACCAAAAAAAUUUAUUGCAAAGCGAUUAAAUCUUAAAAAGAAAGACAAAGAUAAUGAAGAAUCGGAUGUGAAGACUCCAGAAAGUGCUCAAUCAGAACAAGAUUUGUCGUCAUCAUCAAAGAAAUCUUCACUUACUUCAAAGCUUAGUCCAAAACUGCAACGUUUCAAUUUCGUGAAAAGAUUUUCUGGUAAGAAAACUUAUAAAGUGAGUCCAAGUGCUGACGAUGGAGUCGAUGAAACUGAAUCGAACUUGAAACAAUAUAAAAGCUUAUCUAUGAGCGAUUCUAGCACACUUGAAGAUGUAAAAAAGCUUGAAAUAAAUGAUGAUGAUAGCAACAGCGAACCAUCGACCGAAAUAAUCGAUUUUGAAGGGCCGGAGAAGGAAUCAGGUCAAUUUAUAUCGGAAAUUGACAUUCCCAUUGGGAGAAGCGCAUCAAGUUUGACAAAGGAAGCUGUUACAUUGGAAAGUAAGAAAGUGGAGUUGAAGAUUACGAUAUCAGGCAAGAAGGUCGAGAGGCGUGCUUCACCUCAAUCGAAUGCAUCCGAUGAAGCCUUCAAUAAGGCUUCACAACAAACACAAAUAACAAGUGAACCACUGCAAAAGCAAGCAGAUAUCAAGUUACCUGUGACGACAAGUGAUCAAGCUCGAACGACUCUGAGUCGGGAAUUGUUUUUCAAUUCAUUCCAACCUUCAAGCAACACUGGACAUGUGGAACAAAAUAAUAAGCCAAUUAAAAACGAUCCAACAUUUGCUUUAGUAGUUAAGGAAGGACUUUCGUCAGUCAAAUCCACACCAGCGGAGAAUUCGAAUGAAGUGGAAAAAUAUCAACUCAUUACAUCCUCAUUAAACACAAUCAUUUCUGAAGCAAAGAAACUUGAAGAUUUAAGCGUUGAUCAAUCUUAUGAUAAAAGUGGAUUAAAAUUUCCACCAAAUUUUCCACAGUUGAAAAUUCAAGAAAAUAAUUCGAAAGUGGAAACUGUGAAUGAUAAAACAGAAAAUAAAAAUUUGAGUGAUGAAGAAGUUGAUGAAAAUAUGAAAAAGCAAGGACAGAAAACGAAAAUUCCGAUUGACAUUCGGAGACUUUCUGGAAGUUUGACAGAAGUCAAUGGCAGCCAUAACGGAUUGACAGCAACUGUUCACACACAAGAAGCUCACCAGCCUUAUCACUUGCAUCUUUCAUCAUCUUCAGUAGAAGAAUCCAACAAACAAACACCAUUGAAUGCUGACGAGAUCAGAUUUGAAGUUGGAACUUCCGUGAGACCACUUCGAACAUCACCAGCUUCGUCAUCAGUUGUUUCAGGUCCUUCAGCAUUGUCAGAUAAUCCUAUAUGUGAAAUAAACUCUCCAGAUUCAAGUUUAGAAGUCUUCCAUAGUCCAAAAAGUGAAAAAAUUUCUGAACCUUUACGUCGUCGCAUUGCGUAUGUUCCACAACUGUCAACUUAUACCCCCGAAGAACAAGAAUUACUCAAAAGCAACCUUAAAGUGAAUGCUUCGGAUUCUAUUGAUUUAAAUUCCUUUCAACAAGACUCAUCCAUGUUUCCUGUGUUUGACGAUUCUGUGGAAAGCACGAUGACGUCGUCUCCGGAAAAACGUGAACAUCUUUAUAAGAUUCUUGUUAUUGGUGAACUUGGUACUGGAAAGACAUCAUUUAUUAAACGUUACGUGCAUCGAUUCUUUAGUCAAAAUUAUCGAGCGACAAUCGGAGUUGAUUUUGCUUUGAAGGUUCUCAAUUGGGAUCAAUCGACAAUCAUUCGUCUUCAGUUAUGGGACAUCGCGGGACAAGAACGCUUCGGAAAUAUGACUCGAGUUUAUUAUAAAGAAGCCGUUGGAGCUUUCAUUGUCUUUGAUGUGACGAGGUCAGCGACAUUCGAUGCCGUUAUUAAAUGGAAACAAGAUCUUGAUUCAAAAGUUCAACUGCCUGAUGGAAGCCCCAUACCUUGUAUUUUGUUAGCGAACAAGUGUGAUCAAGAAAAACAAGGACUUGUAACGAUGCCUGCAAAGAUGGAUGACUAUUGUAAACAGAAUGGGUUUGCUGGUUGGUUUGAAACUUCUGCGAAAGAUAAUGUUAAUAUAGAAGAAUCUACUAAAGCGUUAGUUAGCAAGAUACUUGUCAACGAUAAGCUCAUACAUAAUGAUAUCCUAGACGCUGACCGCAUAAAUAUUAACGCAGAAGAUGAAAACCUUGAAAAAAAGAAGUUUUGCUCGUGCUGACCCAUUUUCGGAUCGCUUUUCCAUUCUUCUUGUUCUGUUGAAAUUGAACAUAAAAUAUUUUCACUAACAAUUUUCAUUUAAUUUUUAAACGAAACUUUAAUAAAGGCUACAAGUUUAUGAGAUGAUAACUGGAAUGUCCAAAGAAUAUUAAAUACAGCUUUUAUUGUCUCAUGAUUUCAUAAUUUGAGUAAUUGUAAACUUUUAUCACGUGAUUUAUUUUAUUUUCUUUUCUUUUCUCUAAUACCUACAUCAGUUUUAAAAAUAAAUAAGAAAAAAAAGUAAAGAGAAUUCAUGAAUGAGAAAAUCCUAAC